AUCUAUAACAGUGUCACCAAACUGCAAUACUUUUAAUACUCCUAGUACGUUGAAACUCUCGUGGCAAACGACACUGAUCUAAGUUCCAAGCACAGAUCAAAUGGAGAGUGGCGGCGCAUUGGCAGGGCUUCACCUUAAACCCACUUAUCUCCACCACCACCUUAAGCUUCUCCCUUCUUCUUCUUCUUUCACCUAUGAACGCCAUUUUUCUAAGCUUCAAAAGCAAUCACCUUUUGGUUCUUAUAGCUGUAAAUGCUCCAUAAACGAUGGAAGUCCUCUUCAGGUGUCCUCUCCUGCGAGUGCAACACCUGAGUUAGCCGACAUCGAUUGGCACAACCUUGGCUUUGGGAUUAUGCCUACGGAUUAUAUGUAUAUCAUGAAAUGUUCUCGAGAUGGAAACUUUUCUAAGGGUGAGCUACAGCGUUUCGGGAAUAUUGAGUUGAGCCCAUCUGCUGGGAUAUUAAAUUAUGGACAGGGAUUGUUUGAAGGUUUAAAAGCCUAUAAAAGACAUGAUGGUAAUAUAUUGCUGUUUCGACCCGAAGAAAAUGCUCUGCGCAUGAUGAUGGGAGCAGAACGUAUAUGCAUGCCUUCACCAUAUGUUGAACAGUUUCUUGAAGCAGUAAAAGCCACUGUUUUAGCAAAUGAAAGAUGGAUUCCUCCACCAGGUAAAGGUUCAUUAUACAUAAGACCGCUACUUAUGGGGAGUGAAUCUGUUCUUGGUGUUGCUCCAGCUCCUGAGUACACAUUCCUUAUUUAUGUAUCACCUGUGGGAAAUUAUUUUAAGGGAAGGUAUGGCACCAAUAAAUUUGGUAGUUGAGACGGAAAUGCAUCGCGCAACUCCUGGUGGAACUGGAGGUGUCAAGACUAUAGGAAAUUACGCUGCAGUAAGCUAGGUUUAUGGAAAUUUUGCUUAUUUCAGAUAUCUGUUUAAUGUUUAUGUAUUUCAAGGUUACCUGCUGAAAGCCUUAAUUGGACCCUGACUUAUUCUAUUUUCUUGGGGAUUGACAAUGACAAGUAUUGGUCCCACUUAUCUUGCUUAUCCUUAAUGUUUAUGUCUUUCACUCGUGUUACACUUGAUGUGUUUACAAAGGUAUUUGCAGUUUUAUAAUCAUAUUAUUACGUGGAAACACACAAAUCUAUAGGCUAGCUGUGAUCAUGAGAAGAAAAACAUUGUGCUUCACCUAGUUAUUUGAUACCUAAAUGGAUAUUAAGGUAUGGCUGAUCAAAACUAGUUUGGUGCCAGGGUGUAGUUUUUAUUGUAUAUGGAUAAUAAAAUCUGCAAUUGUUGAUGAAUUCAUUUUCAUUUGUGGGUUUUUAAAUGUAGGUUCUGAAGGCAUAGAGUGCUGCUAAAGCAAAAGGUUACUCUGAUAUUCUGUACCUUGAUAGUGUUAACAAAAGAUACCUAGAGGAGGUUUCCUCUUGUAAUGUUUUCAUCGUGAAGGGUAAUCUGAUAACAACUCCUGCAAUUAAAGGAACCAUUCUUCCUGGUAUCACACGAAAGAGCAUAAUUGAUGUAGCUGUAAGCCAAGGAUUACAGGUUGAAGAACGGCAAGUGUCUGUGGACGAAUUGCUUGAUGCUGAUGAAGUGUUCUGCACAGGAACUGCAGUGGUUGUAUCUCCAGUGGGCAGCAUCACUCAUCUCGGGAAAAGGGUAACAUAUGGAAGUGAGGGGGUUGGUCGUGUGUCAAAGCAACUAUAUUCUGCACUUACUAGCCUUCAAAUGGGACUAGCAAAGGAUAACAUGGGUUGGAUUGUUGAGCUAAAAUGAGCUUUGCUAUGUAAGGGAUAGUACCGUCUUUUGAGUUGUAAUGAGCUUUGCUAUCUUUGGAUUAAAGUUAUACAUACUUUUUCACGCUAUCAGGGCAAUUGUACCACUCAUAGCAGGUUAUUAAUUUAUUUUCAAGGUUUCCGUAUUAGGCUUGUCAUGGAGAAUUACUGUUGUAUGCCAAAUUUAAUUGAUGCUGUAAAAAAUCUAUGCACAGUCCGUGCACAUAACUUCGACUCUUUCUCAUUUAGCUAAAGUUUUUGUGAA